AUGGGCAUCUAUAAGUUCUUGAACCUCCAGAUGAUCCACUGGUGCUUCCAGCUGAUGGGCAACCACAUCUCCUGCGUCCAGCUCCAGCCCGAGCCCUCUCCUCCCCCGCCCUCCGCUGCAGCUGACGACGAUGCCGGCACCGUCAAGCUCAUCCACUCCGAUGGCCUCGUCGAGACCUACCAUCGGCCGGUCCGGGCCUCCGAGCUCAUGGCGCAGUUCCCCAAGCACCUCGUCUGCCGCUCCGACUCGUUCUACAUCGGCCAGAAGAUCCCGGCCCUGUCCGAGCACGACCUCCUCCAGCUCGGCCACAAGUACUUCCUCUUGCCGCAGCAGUUCUUUCAGUCCGUCCUCACCUUCGUCACCAUCGCCUCCUUCGUCGCGUCGCAAAAGGCGCAGGGUCCGAGCCCGGUCCCGGUCCCGCAGGACCUCAAUAGCUGCCGGAGCGCGUUCCUGAGGAAAGCUGCGGGGUGCCAGCCCUUCGACAUCCAGAGGACGCCCUCCGGGUGCCUCCGGAUACGCGUGUCCGACGAGUUCAUAUCGCAGCUGAUGGAGCAAGGAAGGCGAGUCGAAAAGGAAGCAAGUCGCGAUAGCGGCGGGGACGGCGAGCAGAAACCCAUCAGUAGACUGUGCACGACGCCCCAGCUGGAGAGGGAUUACUCGCAGCUGGUGGUGUUGUCGAGGCGGUGGGAGCCGAAGCUCGAGAUGAUAAGGGAGAGCGACAAGAGCAGGUCUUCCUCUUCCUUCGGGAUGAAGAGGAGGAAGAAACCGCCAUCGCCUCCAUCCACAGUCUCCGCGCCGAAUCACAAGAUCCAGAAAUCGUCGGAGAGUCACGUACACGCGGCGGCGGCGGCGGCGACGGCAGCCUCGACGAAACCUUCUUACAGAGCUAAGAUCAAAAUUAGAUCGAGAAAAUGA